AAAUAUCUAUUUUCUUCUCCCAUCAUUCUUACGCUAUACUCUUUCUUUACCUGUGUAUGUAGAGAGAGAAAGUAAGAGGGUGGUUUAUGGCAAUGAAAAUGGAAGAGAGAGUGUCACAUUGUGAAAUGUUGUUUUGUUUCUAACAGAUCCAUCCAUUUUUGCUCUCUCAAUGGCUAAGACUGAAGGCGAUCCACCUACUGCUAAAGCGACGGAUUUGAAAAGAGAGUUACAGAGACUAGUUAAGGCCAUUCUAUCUGAAGAUGACAUCAAUGUCGAUGCCAUUGAUAAAACCCGUAAAACCCUUCUCGCCUUGAAGGACUUAAAGCUGAAACGACACUCCUCCUUCGAUCUCCCUUUUCCUGAGGAAUUUCGAUGCCCACUUUCCAAACAACUUAUGAGAGAUCCUGUUAUCCUUAACACCGGUCAGACUUAUGACAGACCCUUCAUUCAGAAAUGGUUAAAAGCUGGGAAUAGGACGUGCCCUCGAACACAACAAGUACUUUCACAUACAAUUCUUACACCUAAUCACUUGAUUCGGGAUAUGAUCUCGCAAUGGUGUAAAAAUAAUGGGAUUCAAAUGCGAGACUCUGUUCAGUAUUUGAAUGAUGAAGGGUUGGCUGAAGCUGAGCGUGAUAUAUUCGUAUCCUUGCUUGAGAAGAUGUCUUCAACUUUAUCUGAUCAAAAAGUUGCUGCAAGAGAAUUACGUUUGUUAACGAAGAAAAUGCCUUGUUUUCGGGCUCUAUUUGGAGAAUCUGCAGAUGCAAUUCCUCAACUUGUUCGUCCCCUAUCUCAAAGCAACAGCAAUGUUCAUCCAAAUCUCCAAGAAGACAUAAUCACUACACUUUUGAAUCUUUCCAUCCAUGACAAUAACAAGAAGCUUGUCGCGGAGACUCCAAAGGUUAUUCCACUUCUUGUGGAUGCAUUAAGAUCAGGAACAAUUGAAACAAGGAGCAAUGCAGCAGCUGCCCUUUUCACACUAUCUGCACUUGAUUCUAAUAAAGAGCUUAUCGGAAAAUAUGGUGCCCUGAAACCACUGGUAGAACUUCUAGAUGAAGGGAACCCUGUUGCAAUGAAGGAUGUUGCUUCAGCUCUUUUUAGUCUCUGCAUUAUCCAGGAAAAUAAGGCCAGAGCGGUUAGAGAUGGUGCUGUGAGGGCUAUCCUGCAAAAGAUAAUUAGUAAUGUGCACGUCGAUGAGUUGCUAGCUAUACUAGCUAUGCUAUCAAAUAAUCAAAAGGCAGUUGAGGAGAUGGGAGACCUUGGGGCGGUUACAUGUUUGCUUAAUAUAAUAAGGGAGACCUCGUGUGCUCGCAGCAAGGAGAAUUGUAUUGCAGUCCUUUACACAAUCUGUUACUGUGACCGAACCAAAUGGAAGACAUUAAGGGAUGAGGAGAAAACCUAUGGGACAAUCUCUCAACUUGCUCAAAAUGGUACAGCGAGAGCCAAGAGAAAGGCUAAUGGUAUUCUUGACAGACUGAACAGGGCUGUCAAUCUUACCCAUACUGCAUAAAAGCAGCCAGCAGUUUCAAGCACAAAAUCUGUAAAUUCUGGUCCAACCUUUGCCCUCUUUCCUUUCAUUAAAAAAGUAUUUGAGGCAUGUUUGCAAUCUUCCAUUUUGUACAUUCUAUCUGAGAUUUACAAGUUAAUAGUGAUUGUGAAUAAUUUAUUAUGAGGGAGUUUUUGUAAAAAUAAGAUCCACGGUAUUUUGGUUGGGUUAAUUGAUAAUACGUGGCACAAGAUUGGUCUAGGUGAUUGCGUGCAUCAUAUCUAGUAGAAGAAUUUGUAGCAAAAAUAAGAUUGUGAUUUGUGAAAUAAUUGUUCCACAUGGCUAUCCUGUCGUGGUGGGAUAUUAGCUUAAACAUGUCAGCCAGCAAGUGGGGUUGCUGUGAUUUGUCCGUAAGCAUGAAUAUGAUAUUUCCUAGUGUGGAGGGGCAGAUAUGUUCCUUUCUUUUCUCCUCAGCAACGGUAACAAAAGGUCCACUGACCACAUGGCUCGAAUGGGGUUGAUAGCCAAAUCGAAAAAAAAAGGUCGAUUCCUUCCUAUGUAUUACCUCUUUGGUGAUGCUAUUCUUAUUCUCAGUUUACACCCA